GUCCAAACAUCAAACCACCGAUCUCCGUUUCGCCAUCUAUAAACCAAAACAGGGUCAAAUGUUCGAUGAAGACCUGUGAUGAAUGGUAGGCUACUCACUGCGAGGGCCGCACCUUUGCUGCGCCAGCGACCGGCGCGACUUCUACACAACAAUGCCUCGACGAGAGCCGGAGGCCUGCUGAGGCCAAAUCGACAACUUGCUCAGCGGAACUGGCCACUUGGGUCAAACUCGAUUCACAAUGUCCCCGCCGUUCGAUCCAUAUCAUUUGCCAGGGUACUACCCAAACUCGCCCUCAAAAUGGCCCGGUUACCUGCCAUGUUCGGUGCAAGCAUGCUCGCCGGGCUGGCAUACAUUCAAUAUCAGGCAACACAGGCUGGAAACGCCGCCAUGGACUUCUUGAAAAGAGCCGGAGAAACAGUAUCGGAUACGUCUUCAAGUGUGUUUGGGGGGGCGAAGGGAAUUGCGGACCAGAUAGGUGAGGGUUGGCAACGGACAAAGGACGAGGCACAUCUUCCAGAGUGGCUCCAACAACUUUUUGAAAAGAGUGAGGAGUCUGGCGAAGGAGGUUCAGGUCCUGAAGGGCCAAACCACUCCAAGGCGGCUGCAGCAGUCGCUGCGUCUGGUGCUGCACUAGGACUGGAACAAUCAGAGGAGCCAGAUGAGCGAUCAGAUCCGGAAUCGGCAAGGGAUGAUCAAAUGAUGGUCUUGACGCGGAAGAUGAUUGAGAUACGCAGCAUUCUGAACACUGUUGGACAAGGUGGUGCCUUGACGUUGCCAUCGAUAGUGGUCAUUGGAUCUCAAUCAUCAGGAAAGAGUUCUGUCUUGGAAGCGAUUGUCGGCCAUGAGUUCUUACCCAAGGGAACAAACAUGGUCACUAGACGGCCCAUCGAGCUCACUCUCGUGAACACGCCCGAUGCUAAGGCCGAGUAUGGCGAGUUUCCUGCUCUGGGCUUGGGAAAGAUCACCGAUUUCUCUCAAAUCCAGCGGACAUUGACGGACUUGAACCUGGCCGUCCCUGCCGAACAAUGCGUAACGGACGAUCCCAUACAACUUUCAAUCUACUCCCCAAAUGUUCCCGACCUCUCCUUGAUUGACCUGCCGGGCUAUAUCCAAGUGUCAGGAAAGGAUCAACCUCCCGAAUUGAAACAAAAAAUUGCCGACCUGUGCGACAAAUACAUCCAGCCCCCUAAUGUGAUUCUGGCCAUUUCUGCUGCUGAUGUCGACCUAGCCAAUUCUACGGCGCUCCGCGCUAGUCGGAGAGUCGAUCCUCGUGGUGAGAGGACGAUAGGCGUGAUCACCAAGAUGGAUUUGGUGGACCCCAUACGAGGUGCUGAAAUUCUGUCGGAUCGAAAAUAUCCUCUUCGGUUGGGCUACGUCGGUGUCGUGUGCAAGAUACCGCAAACCGCCGGAUUGUUCUCUCGACCCAAUCAGAAUGUGACGAGCGCCAUCGUCAAGAACGAAAACGCAUAUUUCUCCGCCCAUCCUCUUCAAUUUGGACCCCAGUCAGAAUUGACAGUCGGCACACCUACGUUACGCCAUAAGCUGAUGCACGUCCUGGAACAAACAAUGGCGUCCAGUCUAGCCACCACACGAGAUGCCAUCAUCCAAGAGUUGGAGGAAGCCACCUACGAAUUCAAAGUCCAGUACAAUGACAGACCUCUGAGUGCAGAGUCGUACCUGGCCGAGAGCUUGGACAGCUUCAAGCAUUCCUUCAAGGAGUUCAGCGAGCAGUUCGGGCGACCACAAGUCCGCGCCUUGCUGAAGGAAAUUUUGGACCAGAGAGUGAUGGACUUGCUUGCAAAACGAUACUGGAACAAACCUAUCGAGGAUCUGUCAGAUGCAGAAACAGAGGUGCACCCAUUAGCAGAGUUGCCCAAGGCAGAUCUCGACUCAUUAUACUGGCAACGGAAACUCGACGCGUCGACAUCUGAGCUGACCAAACUUGGAGUUGGAAGACUUGCCACUACGGUGGUAGCCACGGAAUUACAAAAUCAGGUCGACAAACUGCUCGCUUCCUCCACGUUUGCGUCACAUCCUUACGCACAGCGGGCCAUCGUCGAUGCGGCGUCGAGUAUCCUGAACGAUCGAUUCUACAGCACCAGCGACCAAGUGGAGAACUGCAUCAAGCCGUUUAAAUUCGAAAUCGAGGUGGAAGACAACGAAUGGGCCAAAGGUCGCCAAAAUGUCGGCCGUGUCCUCAAGAACGAGCUCAAAGCCUGCGAAGCCGCACAAAGGCAACUCGAAGACAGCAUCGGCAAGAAGAAGCUGAAAGAUGUGAUGGGCUUCAUCGAUCGUGUUAGGAAGGGAGACGUUGUUCUAGAAGGUGACGGGUCGGGCGGAGCCGGUGGCUUUUCAGCGGCGCUCUUGCAGAAGGGUCGAGAAGCCGUCUUCCUCCGCGACCGAGGCGAUAUCAUCAAGAUGCGUCUCACGGCUGUCAAGUCCAAGCAAUGCGCCAACCUCAAGAACAAAUAUUAUUGUCCGGAGGUGUUUCUCGAUGUGGUGGCCGAUAAACUGACAUCCACGGCGGUGCUCUUCCUCAACGUCGAGCUCCUUUCCGAGUUCUACUACAAUUUCCCCCGAGAGUUGGACAUCCGACUCGGUCGGCAUCUGGACCAUGCCGAGAUCGAGAGGUUCGCCCGUGAGGAUCCCCGAGUCCGCAAGCAUCUCGAUGUGAUCCGACGCAAAGAGAUGCUGGAGAUGGUUCUGGAGAAGAUUGAAAGUCUGCGUCAACUGGAAGGCCGGGCAAAGCAGCAUGCCAAAGUACCGCCGGUGGCCAAGGAGAGAGGGAAAUGGAGUUUGUUUUGAGUGCUAUGAGAUACCACGUAUAGUUCACUGGCAGCGGGCGUUACGGUGCAGUUGUGUAGACCAUGAUUGAUGGCUUGAAUGCUCCUCUCGCAUCCUAGCAUAGAACCUUUUGGUGUCC